AGCACGUGACCAGAUGUGGUCUAUGAUGCUGAAGCGUCGUUAGAAACUGAUGUUUUCUCAUCGAUCAUUAUCCAACUGACAGAGGGACACACACACACACACACACACGCAAAGAAAGAUGCGGCGCCUGGGCUCCGUGCAGCAGAAGAUACCGUGUGUGUUUGUGACGGAGGUGAAGGAAGAACAGUCCAGAAAACGUGAGAGUCAGCAAUUUCGGGUUGUUGCUACUGAACAAGUGAACCCUGUUGCUCUGGAGGCUGACAUUGAUUGUGCACUUGCCACAGAAAAACUGGACGGUACCUGCUGCUAUGUCACACUCUACAAAGGGCAGCCUUACCUCUGGGCUCGACUGGACAGGAAACCCAACAAACAAGCAGAGAAGAGAUUCAAGAAGUACCAGCACACUCACAGGAGCGCCAAAGGUUUCACGUGGAACGUAGAGGAGGAUUUUAGGACGGUGCCAGAGACGUGGAUCCCAGCUCACCAAGUCAAACAUCACAACGGCUAUCCAAUGCCUGAUGACCUCGGACACAUUCCAGGCUGGGUUCCAGUGGAGAAGGACAACAAGCAGUACUGUUGGCACUCGUCUGUACUGGAUUAUGAAGUCGGGGUGGCUCUUGUUCUCAGGCCCAAGGCUAACGAUGAAGACAUGUUAGAAAUUGUAGCAGUCCUGCUGGCUGACCUCAUGGAACAAACCCUGGAACUCAUUGGAACCAACGUGAAUGGCAACCCUUAUGGACUGGGGAGUAAAAAGCAGCCCGUUCACUUCCUGGUGUCACACGGGAGUGUUAAAUUCAGAACACCUCCACCGCUGGACUUCAAGCAGCUGCGCUCCUGGUUCCACGAGUGUCCGGAGAGCCGAGUCGAGGGCAUCGUGUGGCACUGCAGCGACGGCACUCUCCUUAAGGUUCAUCGUCAUCACCUGGGACUGAAGUGGCCAGACGGGGAGUCCUGCUUUGGGAACAGGUCGGUGGGGAUUCACUUGGACGGGACGGUGGAGGACAACAACAGGAGAGACUUGUUCGCCUCUUUCUCUGCCCUGAAUGGAUGCAGCUUCAGCCGACUUCAGGACGUCCACUUUGACCCAUAAACCCUCAGGCUGAGACGAUGAAAUGUUCCCUCUCCUAAAGCUGCUGUGAUCCUGUUAGGAUUUACCAGCUUGCUGAUCGCUGCCUGAUAGUUUGACCUGUAGGUAGCGAUCAGUAAUUUAACAUGAAAUAUUUCAGGUUAUUUUCAGGUGAGACCCGUGAGGUACACCGAGGCUGAACAAGGCUUAUUUUGUGUCAGGGCCCCGCCACACAUAUGUAAAUACUUCACAGGUGAACCUUCGCCUUCAGUUCACUCUGUGUGAGCGAGGGGGGGUAAAAGAUAAGCUGCCUGUGUCGAGGCAACAGCAAUGUUCCUGCGCAUCGAGUUCAACAUGGGUGAACUUUGACCUGCGAUAUUCCCUUCACAUUUGCAUGUGUGUGACCGGGGCCUCAAUCAAAAUUAGCUGACAGUCUUCAUCUGCGUUUUCAUAGAGGCCAGGCUCACUGACACGAACAUGAAGUUGGAUCAAACCUGUAGCGCCAAACAGGAAUAGUGUCUCUACAUGGAUCACUACGUUUGAGCAUUUCUGCUCAGUGCUGAAAAUACAUAUACUUUUUUUCAAUCAUCACAGAGCACAGCUCGCAUCGACUUUCAUCUGGCUUGGAACUUUUUAAUCCUGCAUAAGCAUUUUAGUGUGAAUAUGCUUCCAGUAUAUAUAAAAGAAAUUAUAAAAAAAGACUGACAAACUGAACUUUUUAAGCUAGAAGCUUAAAUGUUUCAUCUAUAUACAAUCAAUUCUUUGUCACAGUUAUAUUUCAAUGCUAAGUGAAGAUCAUCUGAGCAUUUAAACAAUCUGAUAAGUAUCAAAACUUUAUUCACAAAGGACACUUACAUUGAAGUUCAAUAUGUCAGAACUGUACAGUAUACAAAUCUUAUAAAUAUGCUACUACACCAGCCAGAGAACUAGUACAUUAACAUAGAAGGCUGCCUAAUGGAAGAGGGUGGGGGAGCUGUGUCACAUUAAAAGGUCAAACUUAAUGAUUUGGUUCCUACUCAAUCUUUCAAACACAUUUCAUUCAGGACCAUAUUAAAGAAAGAUGAAAAUUCCCACCACUAUGCCGAUGGAGGGGAGGGAUGAAGUGUUUGAAUCUGUUUACCCCCCCCCCCCCCCGCGACUCGUUAAAUGUGUUGUGUGGCAUCAAACACUUCACCCAUAUACUUCAUGGCAUUGUGGUGAGUAGAUAAUGAUUACAUUUUUCAUUUUGGGGUGAACUAUCCCUUUAAGGUUCAGCUGAGCUCUAAACUGAAAAUAAGCGCUAAAGUUAAAGAUAAAUUCAAAGAUUUAUUCUAACCGUGUUAAGCCCACUGAACGGCUCAGUAACCUAGUGUCAACUGAUGGAAACACUGGGCAUUUCCACUUUUACACCAAACCGGUCACACACUUUCCUCAGCUGCUCCUCCAGCACAAUGUUCUUCUUCACCUCCACAUUGUAGUUAUAUUUCAAGUCCUCAAUCUCCUCAAAAAACGUCGGGUCAAAGUUCUCCAGUUCUUUCUGCAACUUGUUGACCUCAUCUUGAAGUUUUGUUUUCUCCAUCUCUGCUGCCUGCAGACGACUUCUGAGCUUCCCGAGAUCUACGAACACAAGAAAAGAGGCAGCGGUGGUGACUCAUGUUCAACUGGACUGCUCACGUCACAUAGAUUCAGAUGUUUGAUUAGCUAAUGAUUAAACUUAGACCAGAUUACUUGAAAGCUCCAAAUGAAGCCAACAUUUACAGAAAACCAGCAGUUUAUGAUGUCAUGUUUAAGAGACCAGACGUGUUUUGUGAGGCCACAGUGACCUUGACCAGCAAAAUCGAAUCAGUUCAACCGAAGUUUGUAUCAAAUUUGAAAAGUGUAUCUCAAGGCAAGAGAUAUAUUUUGUUCACAAGAAUGGGAAAACAUAAAAACGUAAUGCCACCAUCUAACGGCUAUUGCUGGUGCAGAGAAAAACAAGUAUGAUUGCAGCGGAGUAACUAGAAACACCAAACACAUGUCACACUGUUUCAUUUCACUGCUUUACAGAAGCAGCUGUGUGUUUGGAAGUCUCACCUGGUUUUGAUGAAGUCUCACCAUAUCGCUGACUGUACUCACUGAGGCUGUGCUUCAGAUCUCUGUUCUCCUGCUGCAGCUCAGUGUUGACCAACCUGACGACCAAAUAAACAUACAAAUCAAACUUCCACAAGUUACCUAAACCAAACAAAUAUACUUCGUCAGAACAGCAAAAUACUGCUGUCGCUAUAUACUAUACAUUAUGUAUGGAUUAAUUUGGUAGUCAGUUUUUUCCACCAGUGAGUGACUUAAAAAGCCGAACUCAAUACGGCUUCAGCGCUGCCGGAACCCAGACAGAUGGUGAUUGUGGGUGAGAUGGCAAAUAUUGGGAGAAGUUAGAGAUGGAGGUGACGAGCCCUCACUGUUUCUGCGACACGCAUCAUUACAUUGUGCAGGAAAUGUGCACGGUCACUCGGGUGUUAUGUUUACAUCACUGCCCACCAGAGCUGCAGCUGAUUAACAUCCGUGACUACUGCAGUCACUUGGUGAUAAAGAGUCCUCUUUCCCACUACAGACAAACCAAAUCAAAACGCCAGAUGUUAGUGGGUGUCGUUGGGUUUUGUGCCCAGUGUGAAAGAGGCUUCACAGUAUUGUGAUGAUAUGAUCAUAGUGUUUUCCAGAUGGUCAGUCAUGGUGAUUCAAAUAAACUCUCUUAAAGAUGUAA